AUGGUGUUUAAAAAAUGGCAAGAUAUAGAAGCUUAUUACAAAGAAUAUGCAGAACAAAAAGGAUUUGGGGUAUGCAGAGUGCAAGGGGUGUAUUCUAAGGGUUCGAAUAGAGAUCGUACAACAACAACUUGGAGGUGUGAGUGUUGGGGGGGACCAGACACGAGGGCUCAGAGAGAGGCAAAGAAGAGGGCAAAAUCAAUGCAUGUGUCUGGUGGAGUUGUUGAUGGAGUAGUAUGUGAGGAUGAACUUAGUCGUCGAAAAAGGAGGUCGAAAAUAUGUGGUUGCCAAGCAAUGAUCUAUGGUAGUGUUGAUAGGGAUAGUGAGUGGACUUUAAAGAAAGUCAAGUUGGAACAUACCCACUUAACUUCACCAGGUAAGGUAAAGCUAGUUAAAGAGUACCGGAUGAAGAAUUUCACAUCCAAAGUUAAGAGGAAGCUGUUGAACUAUUUUAAAGAGGGUGUUCCUGUAUCUCAAAUUCAUGGUUGUAUGGUUAAUGAGAGUGGUGGACCAGAGAACAUUGCAUUUACUGUGAAAGACCUUCAACAUGAGGUCUACAAGGAACGGAGGUUACAAAUGGUGGGGGGUGAUUCAACCGCGAUGAUGGCUUAUUUUGCAAAAAUGCAAGUUGGAAAUCAGAAUUUUUAUCAUUCACAGAGGUAUAAGGAGUUCAAAACUGAGCCGAAGGCAACUGUAUAUGAAAGCUUUACUGUGCAAGAGUUUGAAAGCCGGUGGUUAGCCUUUGUAAAGGAGUAUGCGUUGCACGAUAAUGACUGGUUGAACGGGCUUCACGAGGAACGACAUAUGUGGGUGCCUGCUUUUAUGAAGGAAUAUUUUUGGGCAGGAAUGAAGACAGCACAAAGAGUGGAGAAUAUCAGCAGCUUUUUCGAUGGGUUUGUUAACCGUCACACAAAAUUGUUCGAAUUCCCCCAUAAGUACUCCAGAGAAAUGACGAAGCGGGUUCAGGAUGAGAACGACGCAGAUGCAAAAUGCUCAAAGUACCUUAGAAGACUAGUUACAGGGUUCAAUGUGGAGAAGGUUUUUCAAAAGUUGUACACUAACACAAAGUUUCAAGAGGACCGUGUAUGGAUAGUCCCUGAAGGAUCCAGUGAGGAAGUAUUAACUAACCGUCGUCGAUUCUAUUGUGCAACAUUUAACACGGACACUAAGGAGAUAUUAUGUGAUUGUCGUAAAUUUGAAACGCAUAGUAUCAUGUGUAAGCACAUAAUAAGGAUCCUUGAUCUGAAUUUUGUGAAAGAAAUUCCAAACAAGUACAUUGUUAACAGAUGGCGUAAAGAUAUACUACGAAAGCACACAAGGGUGAAGGUGUCCUACCAUGAUCCAAGUAAGUCAAUUGAAGUUAUCCGCUACAAUAGGCUUAUGAACGCAUUUGAAGGGAUAUGUGAUGAGGCGGCUAUGGUUAAUGAUGAGACGGUGGAGAUGGUGUUAACAUCGCUUACUAGAUUAAAGUCCGAAGUUACUAAGUGUAUGAAGCGAAAGCUAGAGCAAACCGUAGCUAUGAGUUACCCCGGAGAAGGUGCUGCUACAGUUAUACCAAGUUCAGAAGAUAGGGCGACUACAUCAUCAGUUCAGAAGCCACUUCCUCAAGCUGAUCAAGCACCUGAUCAACCACCUUCCGGUGCACUUUGUGACAAUGGCAUCGUAAUGAAAGACCCAUUCCCAAGAAGAGAGGUCGAGGCUAAGAUAGUCGCAGCAAAUUCGAAAGUCCAAGCAGAUGACACUCCAACAAAUGCCAUAGGAAAAAUUCACGUUAGUGGACUUCAGCCUGACGAUGUCCUACCUAGUCACUUGGAUUACAAUCCCGAAGAUGAUAGUUUCCCACAUAAUUCUUCUAGAGGAUCUUCCAGUGUGUCGGCAACCUUCUAA